UCCCGUGCAGGGUUCGUGAACAUGCUGAAGGCCGUGAUCCUGAUUGGGGGGCCGCAGAAAGGGACUCGCUUCCGGCCCUUGUCCUUCGAAGUCCCGAAGCCGCUGUUCCCGGUGGCUGGGGUGCCCAUGAUCCAGCACCACAUCGAGGCCUGCACCAAGGUUCCAAGCAUGAAGGAGAUUCUCCUUGUGGGCUUCUACCAGCCCAACGAAGCCCUGAGCCGCUUCCUGGUCUCUGCACAGCAGGAGUUUAAAAUCCCCAUCAGGUACCUGCAGGAGUACGCGGCGCUGGGCACGGGAGGCGGCAUCUACCACUUCCGGGACCAGAUCCUAUCGGGCAGCCCCGAGGCCUUCUUCGUCCUCAACGCGGACGUGUGCUCGGAGUUCCCCCUGCCGGAGAUGCUGGCCUUCCAGCAGCAGUGUAGAGACCCACACAGCUUCGUCAUUCUGGGCACCACGGCCAACAGGAAGCAGUCCCUGAACUACGGCUGCAUUGUGGCCAACACGGAGACGUGCGAGGUCCUGCACUACGUGGAGAAACCCAGCACCUUCGUCAGCGAGAUCAUCAACUGCGGCAUCUACCUAUUCACGCCCGCCGUCUUCCAGCACAUCGGUGAGGUCUUCCAGAGGACCCAGCGGGAGCUGCUCCAGGGCUCUUGCCUUGGGGAGGACGGCACCAACGGCUGGCAGCGCGCCGAGGUGAUCCGGCUGGAGCAGGACGUCUUCACGGCGCUGGCCGGGCGCGGCAAGCUCUACGUCUACAAAACCGACGGCUUCUGGAGCCAGAUCAAAUCGGCUGGCUCUGCCAUCUACGCCAGCCGCCUCUACCUGAGCCAAUACAGCCAGUGCCACCCGGAGAGACUGGCCCGGAACAGCCCCGAGGGGCCCACCAUCCGAGGGAACGUGUAUAUCCACCCAACGGCGUCCAUCGACCGCAGUGCCGUGCUGGGCCCCAAUGUCUCCAUUGGGAAGGGGGUGACGGUGGGAGCCGGCGUGCGUGUGCGCGAGUCCAUCAUCCUGCAUGGGGCGUCGCUGCAGGAUCACACCUGUGUGCUCAACAGCAUUGUGGGCUGGGACAGCACCAUCGGGCGCUGGGCCCGGGUCGAGGGGACGCCCAGUGACCCGAACCCCAACGACCCCUAUGCCAAAAUCGACAGUGAGACCCUCUUCAGGGACGGCAGGCUCACGCCCUCCAUCACCAUCCUGGGCUGUAACGUCACCAUCCCCGCAGAGGUCGUGAUCCUCAACUCCAUCGUCCUGCCCCACAAGGAGCUGAGCCGCAGCUUCAAGAACCAGAUCAUCCUGUGAGGGGCCAGCCGGGAGCUGGGAACCGACUGGGCCUCCCGGGCGGCCCCGGCUGCAGCGCAGGUGCCCGAGCCCAGCCUGUGCAUGGCUCAGUUCCCCCUGCUCUGGCCAGGCCGUGCCCUGGGCCCCGCCAGCCACUCCACAGACGGACGUUAAAGCUGAAUGGGCAGCUGUCAGCCCCUGCCAUGUGGGGCUGGUCCGGGCCCUGGUCUGGCUCAGCCCAGCCCGGAAACCACCUCCCUGGGGUGUCGCAGCCGAGCUGAAGCUAGCCCCCUGGCUCUGUCCGUGGGCCCGAGGCCGGGCGUCUGGCUGUGUUUGCCCUGCCCCUCGAGCCCCCCCACCCCCUCACAGCAGAGGCAGCUCCCAGCCCGGUCCAGGGCCAGCAGCCAGGUGAAGUGUGGUGCAGACAGAUGUUAGCUGAGGAGAGCAGGCCAGGCCCAUGGGGCUGGGGAGAGGGGUGCUGCCCCACAGCCCGUGGAGCUACCUCACCCCCCAGGCCGUGCAGCGAGACACAGAGCGAAGCUCUGGCACACGGUGCCCACGGGGCAGCCGGAGACCCUGGUGCACAGGCAGCACCAGCCAACUUUCAGCUGGUCAGGGUGAAGUGUCCCAGGCUGGGCGUCUACCUCCAGCUGAGUGGGUGGGGUUAGAGUCAGGUGCCUCUAACUGCUCGAACCCGCUGCCCUACACCGGAGUCCUCAGUCAGCGCAGCAAAACCUACUGGUGCCGCGUCUCUCACCCCGCAUAACAGCUUUCUACCACUACUCGUUCCUCUGUAACUGCCAUGCUCGAUGGCUGGGGCGGGGAUCCCGGGUUGAAAGUAACUUAAAAGUCUUACCGGUACAGGGGGCUGGCUCUGGGCCCCUCGGGUGAAGGGGCUGGGCUGGGGUCAGCCUCCCCCAGCCAGCCCAUCUGGGCUGCCUGGCCCGGCCUGCCCAGGCCUCCAGCGGCGAUUUAAAGGGCCUGGGGCUCCAGGCACGGCAGCCAGGAACCUUAGGCCCUUUUAAAUCACUGGGCCCCAGCUCAGCUCCCCCCCCCCCCCCCCGCAGCCCUGGGGAGCGGGGGGGAAAGGGGCAGCGACGUUAAAGCACAGUGCUCUAAGGUCGGUGUUUAUGGGCCGCUACCGGGCAGCCGCUUCUUAGCGGUUCGCUGGCCUGGCCCGCUUUCACCUCGGCAUGGAUCUCAGCAGCCCAGCACUGCCUCUGCCCUGCCGUGGGGCAGUCCGGGGCCCGGCACUACAAUGGGGUAUGAUUUGAUGGGCUGGCAAGGAGGGUGGGUGAAGGCAUUAGCAGCCUGUGACAGGCUCGUGGGGUUGAUUAAAGAACUAGCCUGAGAUAAAA